UCCCAUCAGUGAUGUUCCAUGCUGCAGGAGGGGUCACACCUGUUCACCCUCUGGGUGAUUUUGGGGUUGUUGGUGCUGGGAUGCCUCCAUCUCAUCCCUUCUGAGUUCCAAUAGACUGCAUCCCCUGAGGUUCUUGGUUCACCAUGGAGAUAAUGGAUACAAAACCAUGGAAGCUGCCCGCCGCGCUGGACAAGUACAAGAGCAUCUAUCGGAAGGACUUCUGCUGGCACGGCGAUUAUCGCUCACCCAUCCAGGCACACCUACCGACACCUUCAUACCCUCCUCUGGAAGACCUUCCCAAGUGCUGCCUGCCAGAGUUCCAGCCCUCUGACCUGACCCCGGGGCGGGCAGGGAAACUGGAGAUUCUCGCGGAGCCGAUGCACGACCUGUGCUGCUGCUCGCCCCUUCCAGCUCCUGCCCUGACAAAUGGAACUGAGGAGGCACUGGUGCCAACAGAGCUGCCACCUCCUAAGUUGAUCACCUACCAGCAGUUUGCCCAGGAUUUGUACAAUGAAGUGCUGCUCAAUGCUGAUAAAUAUAAAACCAAGAACCAGAACUCAUCUGUUUUAUUGCAAGACGACUCUGACCUUGAGUGGAAAAGUAUCUACAUGCAAGAUUUCGAGCCGCAGAGAGGAAUCUGUGCAGGAUUGUACACAGAGGAGAUAAGGCCUUCUCCUGUUUUCCCUGAGGAUAACCGCUACAACGAGAGCCGCUGGGUUUCUGAGUAUGCAGACAGCUACAGCAUCUUCCUGAAGAAGCUGGACUGGUCCUCCCCCAUCUCUGCACAGUGGCUGCCCUUUGGGAAGGACGUGCGAUGGACGCCGCGAUGGAAAUUGGUCGGUAACUGAGCACUGACAAGGCGACUGAGGUAAGCACCAGGAUCCCCCAUUUUGGCCCUGGGCUGGGAUUUCAGGGACUGAGGCAGUGGGAAAAACUAUGAACAGUAGUGAGACCUGGCACAAACUACCAUGAGGCCUGAGAGUUUGGCUGCUGGAAUGUUCUUCAGAGUAGCAGCAUUUGUCCCAGCUCGGUGCAGGAGGGUUGGGUGAGAUGACCUUCAAAUGUCCCUUCCAACCAAAACCAUUCUAUGAUCUUCUGGGCUCCUAGAAAGUGAUUUUCCAACCAGAUCUAAUUUGGAGAAUAUUUUUCACUGUGAGGGUGGUCAGACACUGUCUGGAGAUUGGAGAGGUGGGGGAGUGCCAUGGAGAUGUCCACUGGGUGACAACGCUGGGUCUGAGGAGCCUCUUCUAGGCUGGCCCUGUUGGGCCAGGAUACCUACAUUAUUCCACAUUUUUUCUGAUUUCUUUUAGAAUGUGUUAAUGUUAUUCUGUGAUUACAGCUCUUUGGCCCUCCAAGCUGCCUGUGUGAUAUUGCUCAUCAGAAACCCUGAAAGCCUUGGAAACCUCCAAACCCACCACCAUGUCUGUCAGAUGUGAAAUGUUUGGCAAAGACAUCUUUAAGUGCAGAUUAUGAUUAAAAUCUCCCAAGAACCUCA